UCAUGCUUAUGAAGCUUAUGUUAGUUCUAAGACUUGAAUUAGUAACUACAGUAUCUAAGAUUCGAGUACACUUCUAGUGUUCCUCAAUUGCUUCAGUACCCAGAGGAAAUAUUUUUCGAUUCAAGAUGGGACAACAAUCUUCUCGUCUGCUGGAACUGAGCUCAACGAAAUUUACGUUAACAGGAUUCAGGCACCAUUCUGACUGCACUAUGACAAGAAGGGACUUCGUUCUCGCACUGUGGUUCUUUAUGCUGGUAUUUACCACUGAAGCAAAUUCCUCCUGCAAUCCGGAACAGGUAAUUUGGACCAACGCCGUCGGAAAGGCAGGAUUUAAAUGCUUGGACUGCCCUUCUUGUCCUCCUGGAUCAGAGCCGUCGGUACCAUGUGGAACCAAAAUUGAAAACUGGACAAGUAUUAGCUGCGUUCCAUGUCAACUGGGCAAAACGUACUCUGACAAAAACGACACAGCUCAUUGCAAGCCCUGCACGGUAUGCUCGGCAGGGAGAGCAAUAUUAAAGAACUGUACCCUUGAGUCAAACAGUCAGUGUAGCGAGUGUGAGGAAGGACUUUAUCCUGAACCUUUGUCGUUUUCAUGUAGGCGUUGUUCGGAGUGUUGUGGAGAUGAAAAAGAUCUUGUUGCAAGUGAAUGCAGAAGAUACAAAUACAAGUGCCAAGUUCGGUCUACGCCGUGCAGCAAAAAAAUCAGGUCUACCAUCUUAGCGCUCGGAUUGAAAAAAACCACGUCUCCUCCAACCAUUGCGUUAAAAGAUCAACCAACAAAUUUAGUUGUCAUGAAGGAAACUAGGUCGUCUAUAAUACCAACUCGGGUCGUUGAUAAGGACGUUCCGACAGACAUGGCAAAAGUCGUGAUAAUUUCGCUUGCAGCAGUUGUAGUUACUGUAGUUUCUUUGAGAACUUUCGUUCAGAUCGUUAUUAGGAAAUGCGGCACACCAAGAGAUACACAGAAGCCUUCCGGAGAGCUGGAAUCGACGAACAUUGAAAAUAGUUCUCCACAAAUCGAAGUACGGUGUGAGGUCAACCGACCAGCUUCACAAUCAAAUGGAUCUAUAUCACUUCCUCUGAAUCCCGUUUUUACUCCAGCAAGUGGAUCAACGACACCUCUUCACAACUGCGGCGAAUCGUCCGGUAAAAGUGGGCCUCCAUUACCAAAAUCCCAAGACUCAGCAUGGUCACAGCCUAAUCGGUCUAGCCCCCCAGCAGAUGUUGAAUACACAGUUGACCCAGACGAUGUGAACCUCGAAGAGCUGGAAGAAAAUCAUCAGGACGUGUUCGACUGGAUGUGCAAUGAGCUUGAUGCCAUGCAAAGAGACCGAUGGGACUUUGAAAGGCUAGCUUUCAGGUACAACAUUCCAUCCACAAUUUCGAAAUCUUUGAAAAAUGCGUUCCAACGCAACGGUAGUCCCUCCUAUGCGUUAAUGGCCCAUUUAAGGGCUAAAUACCCAGAUUUACCCCUUCAUCAUAUUAUCAAGAACUUGAAAAUUAUCGGAAGGAAUGACAUCGCAUCGCGAUUAAGGCCUUACUUGAAGAACAACGUUGUUAGUUCAUUAGCUUAGGGACUUCCGCAAUGAUUGUUUUAACAAUUAAUCAAAAUUGAAUUAAAACACUAUGCAUGUGAGUUUACGACCGGUUUCAGACAGGAGUGAUCGAGAAUGAUUUUUUGAUGCAGCCCAUUUGAUAUGAAAAAAGGCAAAAUUAAACACUGACGUGGAAAUUGAGGAGUGUGGAAAGUGAGGAGUGUGGAGU